UCAUAGCCGGAUUGAGUAAAGAUGUGCGCUGCACCCCGCGAUUCGGGAGACGUUUGGCGGGGAUCUAUCGUUGGAGAAUUGGAGGGGAUGCAGCGAUAAGAAGGUUGAGCGUGUGUGUACAGGGCACGGUGUUUCAGUGAGCCUGCCACGAGAAAACAUGUCGUUCAAAGAGAAGGAUCUUGAAGCCGAGCGGAAGGAACAUGUCUCGCUCGACGAGAAAAGCUAUGGCGAUAGAGACGACCGUGUCAAUCUCGACGACACCGUAGACCCAGCGAAUGACUCCUCGGGACCGGCAUCGUCACCUAUCGAAAAGGAUGACAAGGAAACACGUCGCAUCAUUCGAAAGAUAGAUCUCAGGCUCUUGCCAACACUAGCUGUCAUCUAUGCCUUCGCACUCAUAGACCGCGUUAAUCUUCCCAAUGCGCGCAUCGCAGGCAUGGACGAGGACCUGGGUCUCUCCAUUGGUUCACGCUACUCGAUACUCACGAUGAUCUUCUUCAUACCAUAUAUAAUUUUCCAGUUUCCAGCAAACAUAAUCAUACGUAAGUUGGGUCCUGCCGUAUGGCUACCCUCCUUAGUUGUUUGCUGGGGCGCCGUCACGAUUGGCAUGGGUUUUACGAACAACUGGACGCAAGCACUCGGAUGCCGAGUCAUACUAGGUGUGCUCGAAGCGGGCUAUUAUCCUGGCUGUGUCUUCCUGCUGAGCUGUUGGUAUGUGAGAUUCGAGGUGCAAAAGAGGUUCAGUGGAUUCUACCUGCUAGCGCUUCUGGCAAGUGGAUUCUCAAACAUCUUGGCUUGGGGACUGAGUGAGAUGAGAGGCCUAGGAGGAUUAAAUGGCUGGCAAUGGAUCUUCGCAAUUGAGGGCGCCAUCACCGUCCUACUCGGUUUCGUUGGCUACCUGACUAUCAUCGACUUCCCCGAUAAAGCCAGUCAACCCAGCCCCAUAACAAAACGCCCUUUCUUGACCUCUGGGGAGGCCAACAUAAUUCUGGCCCGCAUUCAACGCGACCGCGGUGAUGCCAUCGCUGACAAGCUCACUUGGCCGACCGUCGCCAAACAUCUCCGCGACUGGAAGAUCUGGGAGUUUGCGUGGCUCUACUUCCUCAAUAACGUCGUCGCAUACAGCUGGGGAUACUUCCUGCCAAUCAUCUUGCGCAACGAUAUGGGUUAUUCUGUCGCCAUGAGCCAGAUCCUGUCUUUCCCGCCAUACGUUCUGGCUGCGGCUUGGAUGUUUGGUACGGCGUGGGUCGCUGACCGAUACAGAAUGCGCGGAGCGAUCAUCGUGUUCAACUGCGCAUGGGCUGUUCUGGGUGUAUGCAUGAUGGCUUUUCUUAGCAACGCUCGCGCGAGGUAUGCGGGAGUCUUUCUGGGCGUCAGUGGCGCGAAUGCGAAUGUGCCGAGCAUACUGAGUUAUAUGCACAACAACAUCGUGGGCCAGAUGAAGAGGAGUGUCGCGAGUGCAUUGCUGAUCGGAGGUGGUGCUUGUGGAGGUAUCGCAGCAUCGAAUAUCUUCCGACAACAGGAUGCGCCGAAGUACAUACCUGCUAUGGCUGUUGUUAUUGCGACCCAAGUUCUGAGCAUACUACACGUGCUGAAGAACUUCUGGGUCUACUCACGAGCCAAUCGCCAAGCUGACCGUGGAGAGAGGAUUCUGGAGGGCCAAGAAGGCUUCCGACAAACGCUGUAGAUUCGGGCUGUACUGCCCGCCGCUAUGCCAGCGUACCAUGAACACUAGGAAUAUAUGCCGCUACGCUAUGCUAUGCCAUGCUAUCAAACUCAUCAAACAGUACGCGACG